ACCGUGGAUCGCUGGUUGCAGUUGAAACCAGUGACGAUGGCCUUAAUCGACGUGUUUCGAGCAGCGUUGCUUCCUCUUCGGGGAGACUGGUGCUACAGGAAAAACAAAGGCCCGAUCCAUGAAAAUGAAAUCAGUCUCCCAUGCGACGCCAACACAAAACCUUUCAAAAAGAUGCACUGGACGAUCAAUCUCGCAGGAGGACCCAAACGUGUCAAUCACGCUGCGGUGUCCGUGGGUCAAGCGCUUUACUCCUUUGGAGGAUACUGCACCGAUGAAGACUAUGCGAUUCAGAGGCCUAUUGACGUUCAUGUUCUCAAUCCAGUUACCUAUCGCUGGAAGGUGCUAAACUUUGAUGUGGACUCAGCCAUCCCAUUUCAAAGAUAUGGCCAUACCGUUGUAUCUUAUGGUACUUAUGUGUACUUGUGGGGAGGUAGAAAUGAUGAAAAUGCAUGCAAGACUUUGUUUCGAUUCGAUACCAAAUCUCAUACCUGGAGUAGGCCAAAUGUCACGGGAAGUAUUCCUGGAGCGAGGGAUGGACACUCUGCAGUCAUAAUUAGAAAUAAAAUGUUUAUUUUCGGAGGGUACGAGGAAGAGAUUGGGUUGUUCUCACAAGACGUUUAUGCGCUGGAUCUUAAUAGUCUAACGUGGUCGAUGAUGCCUACCUUUGGUCUUCCUCCUUCCUUCAGAGAUUUUCAUACUGCUACCGUCUACUUGGAUAGAUAUAUGUUUGUAUUUGGGGGGAGAGGAGAUCGUCAUGGGCCAUUCCACACGAGAAACGAAAUGUACUGCAACACGCUAGUUUGUCUGGAUGUUGAACGACAGGAAUGGAUACGACCGAAAACGCAUGGGGACAUCCCUCAAGGUCGGAGGUCACAUUCGGCCUUUAUGCAUAAUAGUUUUAUGUAUGUAUUUGGAGGAUAUAAUGGAUGCAAUAAUCAACACUUGAAUGACUUUUAUAGAUAUGAUCCAGAAAGUGGCGAAUGGAAAUCUCUGAAACCAUGUGGCCAAAGUCCCGGACCUCGUCGGCGGCAAGGCUGCGUUGUUAUUGAUAAUCGUGUUUUCUUUUUUGGAGGAACUAGUCCACCACUCCCACUUCAGAACCGAUCACCUCCGACCGAAGAUGAGCAGAAUAAUGACGUCAACGAAGAAGCAAAUCUUGUGGACCAUGAUGAUAUGUAUGUAUUGGACAUGGAACCAUCUUUAAAAACUUUAUGCAUGCUUUGUGUGUUAAAACAUCGACUGGAUACAUCUAAUGUGCCUCGCGUGCUUCAACAAGAACUUGGAUGGAUGCGAUUGCCAAAUAGAAUGUCUGUUAGUCCACUGAGCAGCGGCUAAUAAUAACCAUCCGAGUAGCUAGCAAGACUUUUCAAUUUACAAUACCUAAAUAUUUAAUUUAUUGAUCUUACCGCGCCUGCCGUCAUAAUUCUUUUGUACAUCACAAGUCUAAUUAUUAACCCAACAGUGGAUUUCUGCGGACUGUCAUUCUUCAACACAUGAAUGAAGCAGUAGUUAUACAAUUAUCACCCAACCAGUGUACUAUAUAUUAUACUACAUAUGUAUAUACAUACUCUCCUUUGCUGAAGACAUGAAUAUGUUUGCUUUAUUUGUACCUGUGCAAUUUCAUAUGAUCGCUCUUAAACCAGUGAUAAAAAUUAGAUCAUAUGGACAUAAUAAUAUGCGUGUGGCAUAGCUUUGUCAUAUCGUAUGUUUCGAUUUUUAUUUGUCUUUUAAUAUGGGAUGGGAAUAGACCUUCCGCCUUUGGUCGGACAGAUCCUCGCUAGUUUUGCGUUUGAUUCGAGUCGUCGUCAGCUUUAUGUUUUUAUGUUACAUGUGUAUGACGCGUCGGUUUGAAAUAAAUAUUAAAUCCAGUA